AUGAGGAAGAGAAAAAGACAGAGUGAGUUGGCCAGAGAAAGGAAGAAUGAGGUUGUUCCAUGUACAGGGAAGGAAGCACCAUACCUUUUGGUACCAUCCAAGAAAGACAAGGAACGACACUUUGCAUGUUUCCUUAAUAUCUUCAAGAAAUUGGAGAUAACUAUCCCAUUUGGAGAAGCCUUGCAACAAAUAUCACUCUACUCCAAGUUUCUUAAAGAUCUGCUGACCAAGAAGGGCAAAUAUAUUCACAGUGAUAACAUUGUGGUGGAGGGAAAUUGCAAUGUUGUUAUCCAGAGAAUUCUUCCACCAAAACACAAGGAUCCAGGGAGUGUCACAAUCCCUUGCUCGAUUGGUGGGGUGUCAGUUGGAAAAACCCUUAUUGACUUAGGGGCCAACAUUAAUUUGAUGCCUCUAUCCAUGUGUAGAAGGAUUAGAGAGCUGGAAAUCAUGCCAACAAGAAUGACAUUGCAACUGGCAAAUCGGUCAAUUACAAGGUUGUAUGGCGUAGUUGAAGACGUAUUGGUCAAAGUGUGGCAAUUUACUUUCCUUGUAGACUUCGUGAUUAUGGACAUUGAAGAAAAUGCUGAAAUCUCGUUGAUUUUAGGCCGUCCCUUCAUGUUAACAGCCAAUUGUGUGGUAGAUAUGGGGAAAGGUAAUCUUGAAAUGAGUGUGGAUGACCAGAAGGUCACAUUUGAUUUGUUUGAUGCAGCAAAGCACUCAAUUGACCAAAAUAUUUGUUCUAAGAUGGAUGAGAUUGAGAAUGGGAUAGCUUAG